UCAUCACGGCUGCCAGCACGUCGAAUCUGUUCGGCGGUCUCUUCUCCUUCAGCUCGAUGCAGAACCUCGAUGUUACUGACGGCGGCGCCAUCUCCCUCACGUUAGACCGCGUUGGAGGCGCGGGAUUUGAGUCGCGGCGGGCCUUCAGCUUCGGGACUUUCAGCGUGGACGCGAAGAUGCCGCGAGGGUACUCCGCUGGGUCAGGCGACUACGAGCAUCGCAACGAGUGGGACUUUGAGUUCCUGGGGUCGCCCAACAACUCGCGAGGCAUGACGCUGCAGACCAACGUGUUCAUGAACGGCCAGGGCAACCAGGAGGUGCUCACCGCCUUUGCCUUCGACCCCGCCGCUGCCUUCCACACCUACACCAUUCAGUGGGGCCCAGCGGACCGUCUGGCACCUGACAGCGCUUCAUUCAAGCGUUUGAGCAACAUUGAAUUCACCUGUGCCUGCCAUCUACCGUGUAAUGUCAGGUGGCUGGUGGACGGAGUGAACAUCCGCACAGUGAGCAACGGCAGCCCGCACUACCCCAAGGACCCCAUGAAGGUCUACUUCAGCAUCUGGGACGCCUCCCCCUGGGCCACUGGGCCCCGCACCGCCCGCAUCCCCGUCAACUACGACUAUGCUCCUUUCACUGUGACUUUCAAGAACUUCAAGUACACUCCGCUCCCGCUCACAUUCGGGCAUGCGCGCAGCAUUGGGCUGGUUCAAGGGGACGCGCGCCCAAUGCCGCGCACCACACACCCGUUCCGCCUGCCAACAGCGCUGCUGCUCUCCUCUCUGCUUCUUCUAUCGGUACCGAUGCUGCCGCGCAGCAAUGCUGAAUUCGGUACCAAGCCUGCUGCGAGCCUGGCACCUCGAUCUGCUGAGCUGGCGCGCAGCGGGGGCAAGGUGACGAGGCAUGAAAGCGGGGGCUUUGAGGGCGAGAGCGGUUUGGGAUGCGAUUCUGGAGGGGCAGGCAAUGACCACUCCAACGUGUGGCGCCUGCACUGGGCCGCCUGGAACCAUGCCAACUGCCAGAACCGCGGAGCACCGCAUUCCACCGCGUGGGGCGGUGCGGAGGGGUUGGUGCAGCUUACUGCUGCACCCGCUGAUCUCAGCAGCGUGGGGGGUGACGUGCGCAGCAGUGCAGUGCAGGCGCAGGAGGGUGGUGCGCGCGGCCCUGCCAACCCUGCCAGUGUCAUGCUGGGCCAUGGGGGCGCAACGAUGCAGCAGGGGGUACAGCAGGGAGUGCAGCAGGGGGUGGGGGCUGGGGUUAGUCCGGAGGGGUUGAGGGGGGGUUGUGCGCAGUGGAAGGUAGAGGCAGCACUGGCAGCACUUACAGUGGCACUGCUGAAUGGCAAUGCCACCGCCGCUGCACAGAUAUUCGUCCCCGGUGCCGUGCUCUUCCCCCCGGCCUCCCUGCCCCUCACACUGCACACCACUGCACAGGCGGCAGCGUGGCUGCAGCCAAUCACGGGCCGCCGGCUCAUCUUCCAGCCCCAGCUGGAGGAGCUGCUCGUGCUGCAGGCUGCCACGUGGCAUGCUCUAGAGGGUGACACGUGGCAUGCUCUAGAGGGUGACACGUGGCAUGCUACGGCGCUCCAGGCGGCAGCAGCAGCAGUUGGAGUGGGGUCAUUAACCGACCGUGGUGGUGACACGAGGCGUGUACCGGCUGUGGGAGCUCAACGGUAA